CCAUUUAUCCCCAAAAAAUAUUUUGGUUUGUUUGCCUUUAUGUGCUUAUUUGUGUGCAUGUCUCACAUCUUGGCAGGAUAUCGUGGAAACAAUGAGGAAAUCCUCACCCGAGCAGGAGCUAAGGAGCCAGAGCCAGAGAACUCUGAUGGCAGUGUCCGACCAAAAGUCACCUAUGUUCCUCCAGCCCUCCCUGAAGAUGAGGACUCUGUGUUUGCGCACUAUCAGCAAGGCAUUAAUUUUGAUAAGUAUGACGACAUCCAUGUGGAUGUGAGUGGAACCAACCCACUGCCUGCCAUCAUGACUUUUCAGGAGGCAACCUUGUGUGAUUCCUUGCAAAAAAAUAUCAGCAAAUCGGGUUAUUCAAAGCCCACCCCAGUUCAGAAGCACGCCAUUCCAAUUAUCUCUGCUGGUCGAGAUCUCAUGGCCUGCGCCCAGACCGGUUCUGGGAAAACGGCUGCUUUCCUACUUCCAAUUCUGCAGCAGCUAAUGGCUGAUGGUGUGGCUGCUAGCAGCUUCAGUGAGCAGCAAGAGCCUGAGGCAAUCAUUGUUGCCCCAACCAGGGAGCUCAUACACCAAAUUUUUCUGGAGGCCAGGAAGUUUUCCUACGGAACCUGUGUGCGUCCUGUGGUUGUGUACGGUGGAGUGAACACUGGAUUUCAGCUCAGAGAAAUUUCCAAGGGCUGCAACAUAGUGUGUGGAACACCAGGAAGAUUGUUGGAUGUAAUUGGGCGUGGAAGGAUCGGGCUGACCAAACUGCGCUAUCUGGUUCUGGAUGAGGCUGACAGGAUGUUGGACAUGGGCUUUGAGCCUGACAUGCGCCGCCUUGUUGGUUCACCUGGGAUGCCACCCAAAGAGAACCGUCAGACGCUGCUCUUUAGCGCCACCUAUCCUGAAGACAUCCAAAGACUGGCUGCUGACUUCCUCAAGACUGACUAUUUGUUCCUGGCUGUUGGCAUCGUUGGUGGGGCCUGUAGCGAUGUUGAGCAGACAUUCGUCCAAGUCACUAAGUUCUCAAAGAGAGAGCAGCUACUUGACCUGCUUAAGACCACUGGAAAUGAACGCACAAUGGUGUUUGUGGAGACAAAGAGACAAGCGGAUUUUAUUGCUACUUUUCUGUGCCAAGAGCAACUUCCCACGACCAGUAUUCACGGAGAUCGCGAACAGCGUGAACGAGAGCAGGCCUUGGCUGACUUCAGGACCGGCAAAUGUCCCAUCCUCGUUGCGACAUCGGUCGCUGCACGCGGCCUGGACAUUCCAGAUGUGCAGCAUGUGGUGAACUUUGAUCUUCCCAACAACAUUGAUGAAUACGUCCACCGCAUCGGCAGAACCGGCCGAUGCGGUAAUGUUGGCAGGGCCGUUUCCUUCUACGAUCCAGACAGCGACAGUCAGCUGGCUCCUUCCUUAGUUACGAUCCUAUCCAAGGCACAACAAGAAGUUCCAUCAUGGUUGGAGGAAUCUGCUUUCAGUGGAGGGGCCACUGGCUUUAACCAGGCCAAAAAUAGUUUUGCCUCCUUCGACUCUAGGAAGGGAGGAGGUGACAGGAGCCAGCCAGUUCCUCAGGUUGCAGUUGCAGAGGAUGAUGACUGGGAGUAGAUGUGAAGGCACCCCCAGCAAGCCCUGGCUUUUGUUGCGUGAGGUGUUCCAUAGUUUCGCGUGUUGUUUUAUCACCACAUUUUUGUUUUGAGAGUGGACCUAAAGGUUGUCUCAGUUUAAAAGAUAAUGUUAAGAUGUUAAUCUAGAAGUUUGUUUGUGUAGUGUUGUAAUCUGCAUGGUAAACUAUUGCAUAUGUUUUUUUAGAAGUGUAUUUACCAUUUAAACUGGAACUAUGGCAAUAUGGAGGAGGGAAUGUGUCAUUUAAGUUGUUUUGCUACUUGGAGAUAAAAGG